UUAGUUACUCAAUAUCCAGUUGCACUUAUAAAUAUCAGUAAGAAUUACAUGCUACCUGUUUAGUCAAUUUUCAGAACGAGAACAGUCAACAGGUGGAAGUGAAAAAUAAAUGAAAAAUGUUUGUGUUUCAGUCACUGUUGAUGUUCUUAUUUACUACUUUAAUAUUUUGCGUGAUCAAAUUUCGUUGGAAUCGACGAAGGCUUUAUGAAUUAGCUGCGAAGCUUCCUGGUGACAAUGGAGUUCCACUGCUUGGUAUUUUACCCAGAUUAGCAUUGGCAAAGCGAAAAGACUAUUUGGAUAUUGUGCUGGGUUUUAUUAGGGAUGACACACCAAUCACUAGAGUUUGGUUAGGUCCAUAUUUAAUGGUUGGCACAAAUCAACCUGAAAUAAUGCAUGCUGUAUUUAAUUCCCCUCAAUGCUAUGACAAACCAUCGAUAUUUUAUGGAUCAUUGAUAUUUACUAAUGGAUUGCUUCCUUUAAGUGGCAAAUUGCAUGAAAAGCACCGAAAAAUAUUCAAUAAAGCCUUCAUACCAAGAAGACUUCAGCAUUUGUAUGGAACUGUGAAUAAAUCCUCAAAAGUGUGUAUCCAAAAACUAGCACCGAAAGUGAAUCAAGAUGAUUUUGAUGUCUAUUAUUACAUCGGUGCUUGUUCGUUGGAAUCAUUUGGACUCGUCAAUUUAAAUUAUCAUGAAGACCUUUAUGGACAUAAGAUCCUGCCAUAUGUUGAUGCAGGAUUCGCCAUUGGAAUGAAGAGGAUUCAACAGCCGUGGCUUAAUACUGAGUUCAUCUUCCGAAGAUCAAAAUUAUCAACUGAACUUGAUGAAAUGAUGGAUGUUGCUAAAGAAUAUCUUGACCGUAUUGUGAAUCAUAACAAGAAGCUUCAUAUGGAAUCAAAUGGAUCAAUUAAAGAUGAUAGAGUCAUUGACUUACUUCUUGAUCCUGAUAAUGAGUUUAGUGAUCAAGAAAUCUUGGACGAAUUGGUGAUUUUUGCGUUGACUUCCUUCGACUCAACAGCAAAAUCCAUCUCAUCAGGCCUCCUUAUGCUUGCUAUGCAUCAAGAAAUCCAACAGAAGCUUAUCAAUGAAAUUGAUUCAAUUUGUGGAACUGAAAAAGAACUGACAUUUGACAAUGACUUCCUACAGAGAUUCACAUACUUGGAUUUGAUUGUUAAGGAAACAAUUCGAUUAUUUCCAGCUGGUCCAAUUGUUGCAAGAGAAACGAGCGAUGAAAUUGACAUUUGUGGCUAUAAAAUUCCAAAAAAGACCAUCAUGGUCAUGUCAAUAUUUGCAAUGCAGAGGGAUCCAAAAUAUUGGGGAGAUGAUGCUCAUUUGUACAGACCAGAGAGGUUUGAGAAUUUGGAGAAUCCACAAGCUUAUUUGCCAUUCACUGGUCAUCGAUAUGCGAUGAUUGUGAUAAAGACUUUCCUAAUCAACUUCUUCCGAGCAUACAAAAUUGACACAACGCUAAAAUAUGAGAACUUGAAGAUAGAAAUGUCAGUUGUGCUGACUAUAUUGAACAGAUACAUGAUUAGCAUCAAAAAGAGAUGA